AUGAAGUUCCCUUUUAAAGCUUUCCUGUCGAUUCUCUUCGUUGUGUUGCCCUCUGCGGAUGCAUCUCCCUUGCGCCGUGACACUGGCAAGGCAACCCUCAGCUUCGCUGCUAGGGUGAACGCCAGAGGUGCUGUUAAUGUCGCUGAUGCCGACAGGGCUCGUGCUCAGGCGAUGAAGCAGGCUGGUUCCAUGGGCAAGCGUGCAGGCAGAUCCUCUUUCACCAUAGCCAACGGUGUCGUUACUUACACUGCCCAAGUUGGUAUUGGCAGCCCCGCCACUGAGUACACACUCCUCAUUGAUACGGGCAGCUCCAACACCUGGUUAGGCGCAAGUGCCCCAUACAAUCCCACUAGUACUAGCGUGGAUACUGGCAACACUGUUUCUGUGUCUUAUGGUUCCGGCAAGUUCUCUGGAGAGGAGUACACGGACACUGUUACUUUAAGCACUGGCCUGGUCAUUGCCGAACAAUAUAUUGGAGUGGCGAGCAGCGCAGACGGCUUCGAUGGCGUGGAUGGAAUUCUCGGAGUCGGACCGGCUGACCUGACGGAGGGCACCGUUUCCAACGUCAAUACAGUCCCUACUGUCACAGACAACCUCUAUAGUCAGGGUAUUAUCGGCACUGAGACACUCGGAAUCUACUUUGUUCCUCCCUCUGUCCCUGACAGCGCUGGCGAGCUCACCUUUGGUGGGCACGAUGGCUCAAAAACAACGAGCUCAGUGACUUACUUCCCUCUCACGACUACGACACCUGCUAGCUAUUACUGGGGUAUCGACCAGUCUAUUUCCUAUGGACAUUCCACCAUUUUGUCUGAGACUGCUGGUAUUGUUGAUACUGGCACGACUCUCAUUCUCAUCGCCUCCGAUGCGCUGAGCAAGUACCAGACUGCCACUGGUGCUACGAUGGAUGAGACUACUGGUCUCCUGAUGAUCACCUCUGGUCAGUAUGAUAAGCUGAAAACCCUGACCUUCAAGAUCGGCGGCCAAGCCUACGGUCUGACCCCCAACGCCCAAAUUUGGCCGCGUUCCCUCAACGCUGACAUAGGCGGCGCCAGUGAUAGCAUCUACCUUAUCGUUGGUGAUAUCGGCAGCAACUCUGGUUCUGGCUUGGACUUUAUCAACGGUUAUGCAUUCCUUCAGCGCUACUACUCUGUCUUCGACACCACCAACAACCAAGUUGGCUUCGCAACCACUCCACACACCGAUGCUACGUGCAACUAA